CCCAAAAUUCUGUAUUUCCUAAUCUCCACUCUGCCGGCGACUGAGUACCGACUGAGCCUCCGGCGAUUCCGACCUCGAAUCCGACCUCGAAUCCGACCAGCGUCAAGGUACUAUUCUCUCUUGCCAUUUGAAGCUAGUUGGUUGAUGGAAUCGUGAGAGAAGCAGAGGAAGAAAUUGAGUUUGAGCAGCUGGAGUACUGGAGUUGUUCCUCAUCACUUGUUUUGUUCCCAAAAUAAGAAUGAGGAUAGUCGGACUGACCGGAGGGAUUGCUUCAGGGAAGAGCACUGUCUCCAACCUUUUCAAGGCUCAUGGUAUUCCCGUUGUCGAUGCUGACAUCGUAGCUCGGAACGUUUUGAAGAAAGGAACAGGUGGUUGGAAAAAGGUUGUUGCCACAUUUGGUGAGGAUAUCUUACUGGAAAAUGGAGAAGUUGAUCGUGCAAAGCUAGGUCAAAUAGUAUUCUCUGAUCCGGGAAGACGUCAGCUUCUUAAUAGGUUGCUAGCACCAUUUAUCUCACGUGGUAUUUUAAUGGAAGUUUUGAAGCUGUGGAUAAAGGGUUGCUCCAUAAUUGUUCUUGAUGUUCCUCUUUUGUUUGAGGCCAAGAUGGAUAAGUGGACUAAACCCAUUGUUGUCGUUUGGGUUGAUCCUAAGACACAGCUGCAGCGGCUCAUGAUUAGAGAUGGAUCAAUGGAGGAGGAUGCCAAAAGCAGAAUAAAUGCACAGAUGUCCCUGGAUCUUAAGAGGUCACAGGCAGAUAUUGUGAUUGAUAACACCGGUUCACUGGAGGCUUUGCAUGAACAGUUCCAGAAAGUGUUAACUCAGAUUACAAGGCCCUUGACGUGGACCGAGUUUAUGCUCUCAAGAAAGGGAACUUUUCUGGCGUUGUUCUCCAUUUUUGUCGGUGUUGCUAUUUGCAAGAGAAGUCCAUGAAGGUAAUAACUCACCUAAUUUGAUUUAGCACAAUGUAUGCAUUUCUGUAUGGGAGAAGAGUUACUCUUUAAUCGAGCUCUACUGUGUAUGUACUAAUUAUUAUUAUUAUUAUCAUUUUAAAUAAACUGUGUGUGUACUUCCAACAUGAGCUUUUAUGCUUCAUUAGAUACUUGUUUGAGACGUUAAAGUUGAAGUACGAUAAUUUGAUUGUAAAUUUGGACUGAUUCAAUGAACGGAGGGAUUCUGCUGCAUUUUGGAAUUUCUUUGGAGCAUCUGGAACUAACUUGAUCUAAGAUUUCUUUUUUUUUUUCUGUUGAAAAUGAGUUCUCCUUCCACCACCACCCCUGAUAAAAUGAUUUUCCUAAUAGGAUAUUGUCAUGUGCUGUACAAAAUAAAUAAGGCCCCCAGUUGAUGGUUGGUUUACAAUGGCAUCACAAUGUGCUAUUCCA